ACCAUUCAAUCGGAAACGCUACAUCGUCGCGUAGCGCGCCCAUUCAACCGCCGACAGCUAGCGCUAACGACCGCCGGAACCAGCGAACGUACCGGGCAAACAUUAAAAAGCAAAUAACAAAAUUCUAAUUAAUCUACCGCCGAGAUCUUUGCCGGUGCCGCGCCGAUAUGGAUACCGUGAAGCUGUUCACCGUGCUGCUGAUUUGUGCCUCUUUGAUGUUGAUCACCGAAGCUCAGCUGACCUUCACACCGGCCUGGGGCAAGCGGUCGCAAGGUGCGAUGGGAAUCAAUCCGCUCGGCAGUACCUUCGGGCAGGACGCAUGCAAAACACCGGUUGAUUCGCUGCUCGUCAUCUACCGGAUGAUUCAGGCCGAAGCGCAGAAGAUUGUUGAUUGCAGCCAGAAGUAGACACCAACGCCCACCAGCCCAUGGAGUGCUGGCGCAAAGCAUCGCGCCCGUGGCCACCGUUUGCCCCGCCGUUUCUUGCCGCGCUCCACACUCUUCGUACAGUCGGUUGCUCGAUUUACCCGAUGGCAGGAUGUACACAGAUUUUCCUCACCGUUUGUUCGUUUCGUUCGGCUCACUGGGCAACAAAGAUAGCUCUUGUUCCGACGACCACUUCACACCCAUCAUGUUUCGGCCUUUGUUGCGGGGUUACGCUGUAUUGUAAAUAACUCGUGCUGCUCUAUCAUCGACGGAAGGAUUCAAUGUGACAAAGUCAAACAAAACAAAUAAGAAAAAAAAAUAAACAAAAUGGCAUAAGUUAA